AUGGCGAGUCGACAAGGAGGCAAGCUCAAGCCGCUCAAGCAGCCCAAGAAGCAGCAAAAAGAGCUGGAUGAUGAUGACCUAGCUUUUAAGCAAAAGCAAAAGGAAGAGGCCGCGGCGAAGAAGGCCGCGAUUGACAAGCUCAAGGGCAAAAAGUAG